AUGUCGAAAAACAAGUCCAUCGAGGAGAGGUACCAGAAGAAGUCGCAGAUCGAGCACAUCCUGCUGAGGCCAGACACGUACAUAGGGAGUGUAGAAAUGCACACACAGCUCCUGUGGAUAUGGAACAAGGAAAGAAAUCGAAUGAUCCAAAAAAAUAUAACCUACGUACCAGGAUUGUAUAAAAUUUUUGAUGAAAUAAUUGUCAAUGCAGCAGAUGUCAAAGCGAGAGAAAAAGAAAAAAGUGAAAAUCCUAUGACCUGUAUCAAAAUAGAAAUCAACAAAGAACAAAAAAAAAUAAGUGUCUAUAAUGAUGGAGAAGGAAUACCAGUUGAUAUACAUAAAGAAUUAAAUAUCUACGUACCGCAUAUGAUUUUUGGAGAAUUGCUAACUUCUGAUAACUAUGAUGAUGCAGAGGAUAGAAUCACAGGUGGGAGGAAUGGAUUUGGAGCAAAGCUAACAAAUAUAUUUAGUAAAGAAUUUAUUGUGCAAUGUGGAGAUAGCUCAAGAAAAAAAGAAUUCAAAAUGGUAUGGACAGAUAAUAUGUCCAAAUUUUCAGAUCCACAUAUUAAAAAUUAUAAUGGGAAGGAUUAUGUGAAGGUUACUUUUAAACCUGACUUAGCAAAAUUUGGGAUGACAGAAAUUGAUGAUGAUAUUGAGAGUUUGUUAUGCAAGCGGGUGUAUGAUUUGGCUGGUACUUGUAGCGUUAGGGUUUAUCUCAAUGGGAAUCGGCUAGCCAUUAAGGAUUUUAAAAGCUACGUCGAUUUGUACUUGAAGGACAACGCCGGGGUGAGUCCCGGAAAGGGCGGCGCAAACAGUAACGCGAAUGGCAACGCGAAUGGUAGCGGCAGUGGAAGCGGGACCGCCGCCGCUACCGCCGGCAAUGGAGACGCGAGUGCAAACCAAACGGCGCAGAACCUAGACGUGAGCAUGUCGCAGGACCCAGGAGAAGCAACUCCCAGCAAGAGCAACGCUGCGAAUGGAACGCACAACAACGAUGAAGAAGAAAUUGUAAAGAUACACGAGAAGCAACACAGGUGGGAAAUAGUCGUGUCGAAGACAGACGGCUCACAGUUCCAGCAAGUCUCCUUCGUCAACAGCAUAUGCACAACCAAAGGAGGGUCCCACGUGAACUACAUAGUUGAGCAGCUAUUGAAUUCCCUUAGUAAAAAGGCAAACGCAAAGAAUAAAGGAGGAAUGGAAAUAAAAUCAGGACAUAUAAAGAAUCACUUGUGGGUGUUCGUCAAUUGCUUAAUCGUUAACCCGACGUUCGACUCGCAGACGAAGGAAACGUUGACGACGAAGCCUGUCAAAUUUGGUAGCAAAUGCAUCCUGUCGGAUAAAACUAUUAAUAGCGUUUUGAAAAGUCCCAUUCUUAGUAAUAUUCUCCUGUGGGCUCAAGCAAAGGCACAAGUAGAGCUGAGGAAAAAAAUGAAAGCAGGAUCUUCCAAAGCGAGGGAGAGAAUUAUUGGUAUACCCAAAUUGGAAGACGCUAACGAUGCAGGAAGUAAGUACAGUCAGGAAUGCACUCUCAUCCUUACGGAGGGAGAUAGUGCUAAGACGUCCUGCUUGGCUGGACUAUCCAUUGUGGGUAGAGAUAGAUAUGGAGUGUUUCCCCUUAAGGGAAAAUUACUAAACGUGAGAGAUGCAUCGUUUAAACAGUUAAUGGAUAAUAAGGAAAUACAAAAUAUUUUCAAAAUUAUGGGAUUGGAUAUUACUGAUAAGAAUAAGGAGGACAUUAAAGGGUUACGAUACGGAUCACUUAUGAUAAUGACCGAUCAGGAUUACGACGGUUCUCAUAUUAAGGGGUUACUAAUCAACAUGAUUCAUAAAUUUUGGCCAAGUUUGCUAAAGCAUAAGGGGUUCCUAAGUGAAUUCGUAACUCCAAUUGUUAAGGUACAGAAAGGGAAUCAGGAGUAUUCCUUCUUCACCAUUGCAGAGUAUGAACAGUGGAAGGAGAGUACAAACCUAGUCGGAUGGAAAAUCAAAUAUUACAAAGGGUUGGGUACAUCCACCGAUAAAGAGUUCAAAGAGUAUUUCUCAGAUAUUAAAAAUCAUAAAAUUAUGUUCCUUUGGACAGGAGAUCGAGAUGGAGAUUCCAUCGAUAUGGCAUUCAGCAAAAAGAGAAUUGAAGACAGAAAAUUAUGGCUUCAAAAUUUUAUUAUCGGUUCUUAUGUAGAUCACAAGGAGAAGGAUCUCUCAUAUUACGAUUUUGUCAAUAAGGAGCUCAUAUAUUACUCCAGAUAUGACACAGAAAGGAGCAUACCAAAUAUCAUGGAUGGGUGGAAGCCAGGACAGAGGAAGGUACUCUACGGUUGCUUUAAGAGAAAUUUAAAAAACGAAUGUAAAGUAGCUCAACUCGUUGGUUACAUAGCAGAACACAGUGCAUAUCACCAUGGAGAGUCUUCUCUACAACAGACUAUUAUUAACAUGGCCCAAACUUUUGUUGGAUCAAAUAAUAUAAAUUUCUUAGAACCAUGUGGUCAAUUUGGAAGUAGAAAAGAGGGAGGAAAAGACGCUUCUGCUGCUAGGUAUAUUUUUACCAAAUUGGCUAGCUCGACAAGAAGCUUAUUUAAUGAAUACGAUGAUCCCAUUUUGAAAUACCUAAAUGAGGAAGGACAGAAAAUAGAACCACAAUACUAUAUCCCAGUCAUCCCUACCAUCCUGGUAAACGGUUGUGAAGGAAUCGGAACAGGUUACUCCUCCUUUAUCCCUAAUUAUAAUUACAAAGAUAUUAUUGAAAAUAUCAAAAGGUACAUUAAUAAAGAAGAACUUAUCCCUAUGAUCCCAUGGUAUAAAGAUUUCAAGGGAAGAAUAGAAUCGAAUGGAAAAACGGGAUAUGAGACCAUCGGGAUAAUUCACAAGAUAGAUGAUGAGACGUUAGAAAUUAACGAGUUGCCAAUUAAAAAAUGGACACAGGAUUAUAAAGAAUUUUUGGAAGAAUUACUCACCGAUGAAAAGAGCCAACUUAUUGUAGACUACAUAGAUAACAGCUCUCACGAAGAUAUUUGCUUUACCAUAAAAAUGGAUCCUGCUAAGUUGAAGAAGGCAGAAGAGGAGGGACUUGAAAAAGUAUUUAAAUUGAAAAGUACGUUAACUACUACCAAUAUGACUCUUUUUGAUCCUAAUUUGAAAUUGCAAAGGUACUCCACCGAAUUAGAUAUACUGAAAGAAUUCUGCUUCCAUCGACUGAAGGCAUACGAAAAUAGGAAGAAUUACUUAAUUUCCAAACUAGAGAAAGAAAAAAAAAUCAUUUCAAAUAAAAGCAAAUUUAUUCUUGCCAUUGUAAACGAUGAACUCAUUGUUAGCAAGAAAAAGAAAAAAGUGCUUGUAGAAGAAUUGUACAGAAAAGGAUAUGACCCGUAUAAAGAUAUUAACAAAAUUAAAAAGGAAGAAAUUUUCGAGCAGGAACUACUCGAGUCUGCAGAAAAUCCAGAAGACAAUGAAGAAAUAAUUGCAGGCAUUUCUGUUAAGGAUUAUGACUACUUAUUGAGUAUGCCCAUUUUUAGUCUUACCCUGGAGAAGGUAGAGGAACUUCUAGCACAACUUAAAGAAAAAGAAAGAGAGUUAGAAAUUUUAAAAAAUAUAACUGUGGAGACCAUGUGGCUGAAGGAUAUCGAAAAGGUGGAAGAAGCUAUUGAAUUCCAACGGAAUGUAGAAUUAGCCAAUAGGGAGGAAAGCAACAGAUUUAAGGUAGCCAAAAAACAAACGGCUAGCAACUUCAGGAAGAAGAAAAAGAAAAAGAAAUUAUCCAGUGAUGAGGAAUCAUCAGGUGACUCUUCAGACAGUAGUGAAUUCCUAGUGCACAGUUUAAACAUUAGGAAGAAUAAAAAGCCGCCAAAUAGUAAUGGCCCCAGUAGUAGUACACGAAAAAAAUUACGGAGAACGGAUGAGGGGGGAGAUAAUAAUAAUGACACCCCCAUUUUAGUCAAUGGAGAGUUAGACAAUAGUGUAUCUCACUCCAAGGCAGCGGACGAUGGUGCCACCAACGUUUCAGACUCCACGCCGCUUCUUAGUAAAAUCCUAGCCGACGCCGAUGCAGAUGUCAGCGUUGUAGCUAGCCAAAAUAACCGCAGUAGUAACAAACCUAGUAGUAGUAAAAACUCUAGGAAGAAAAAGCUGCCCUCUCCGGAGCAGUCCCUCGAUAGUACUGAGCCCAACGGGGUCGCGGUCAACGCGCUUGACCAGACUCCCUCCAAACCGCUAGGCAUCCCCGAGAACAUCACCAUUUCGCCCAACAGCACCAUCAACGUCAACGACUUCUCCGGCAUCCGGAGCAAGUUGCUCGAGCUCGAAAAUAAGAAGAAGCCACGACUGACCUUGGCCGAGAAGGUUAAGAUGAAAGCCACGGAGAGGAAAAGCAGCCCCGCGAAGGAAAGCUCCGGAGGAAAGUCCACACCCAAGAGGAAGAAGAGCAACUUACUGGAUGGUUCAAAGUCGAAAAAGGGAUCCAAAUUUGAUAGCGAUGAUUCGAGCAAAGAUUUUGCCUCAUCAGAUGACAGUGACAGCUCAUACAACAUAUAA